GAACCGGACAGAAGAGCAUCUCUAGACUGCUGUAUUCGGGUUACCGACAAUGGUAGAGAGAGUUUCCAUAGGAAGAUCCUGUUCAUAUUUACACUUUACAACACUUCGAACCAUUUGGAUGAACUAAAGUUGGGAGCAAGUAGUUCUGAAGCAGCAGCCAAAUGGAUCCGAUCGUUACAAGAUGCUUCACAAAAGGGGUUUCCACUUCCGGAUUGUGAAUUUGUAUCUCAUGCUGAGAAGGGACUUGUGAAGCUUGAUGUUUCAAAAAGAUCACGCCGCAAAAACUCAGUGGACUGGACGAAUUACUCAUCACUGAGCGCUGAAACAAAUGUUGACACAAAUUCAGAAACAAUAGCACCUGAUGUCAUUGCACCUUCUCCAUGGAAAAUCUUCGGAUGCCAAAACGGUUUACGCCUUUUCAAAGAAGCUAAAGACUGGGAUUCUCGCGGAAGGCAUUGGGACGAUCACCCUGCAAUAAUGGCGGUUGGGGUCAUUGAUGGUGCUUCAGAGGAUAUUUUCAAUACGUUAAUGUCUCUUGGCCCCUUACGAUCAGAAUGGGACUUUUGUUUCUACAAAGGCAGCGUGGUGGAGCAUCUUGAUGGACACACGGAUAUAAUCAAUAUCCAGUUAUACAGUGAUUGGUUGCCAUGGGGCAUGAAUCGAAGAGACUUGUUGCUGCGACGCUACUGGAGAAGGGAAGACGAUGGAACAUAUGUGAUACUUUGCCACUCUGUUUAUCACAAGAACUGCCCACCAAAGAAGGGAUACGUUCGCGCUUGUGUCAAAAGUGGUGGUUACGUGGUGACUCCAGUGAACAAAGGAAAGCAAUCACUAGUAAAGCAUAUGGUAGCCAUUGAUUGGAGAAGCUGGAACUUAUACAUGAGGUCAUCCUCUGCAAGAUCCAUAACCAUCCGUGUGGUUGAGAGACUUGCGGCAUUACGCGAAAUGUUCAGGGCGAAACAAGGACACGGCUUCACUGAGUUCGUCUCAGGGGAGUUCAUGGAUACCAAAUCAUGCGUGUCCAAGACCAACACUAGACCCAUUAAAGCAGAAGCCAAAAGGUUUGAUCUAGAGCUUGUGAAGGCUGAUGAAAUGGAGAAACCUUCUUCAGCACGCAACAGUUUGAUGGACUUGAAUGAUGCUUCUGAUGAGUUUUUCGAUGUUCCUGAGCCCAACGAGUUUGAUAGCUUUAUUGAUAACUCUCCCUUUUCACAAGGACACUCUCAGCUCAAGAUACGAUCACCAGCUGGAAUUGUCAAGAAACUUCAAGAUCUAGCCAUCAAUAAGAAAGGCUAUAUGGACUUACAAGAGGUGGGCAUGGUCGAAAACAACACAUUCUUCUAUGGAGCCACUCUUCAAAAAGACCCAAAUCUUACUCUACCGUGUAGUUGGGCUACCGCGGAUCCAUCAACAUUCUUGAUUCGUGGAGACAGUUAUCUAAAAGACCGUCAAAAGGUAAAGGCAAAAGGCACAUUGAUGCAAAUGAUUGGAGCGGACUGGAUUAGCUCCAAUAAGCGAGAAGAUGAUCUUGGUGGACGACUAGGCGGUCUAGUUCAGGAAUGCGAAGCCAAAGGCGGUCCCGAGUUUUUCUUCAUUGUAAACAUACAGGUCCCUGGUUCAGCUAUGUACAGUCUAGCAUUGUACUAUAUGGUGAAAACUCCAUUAGAAGAGCAUCCUUUGUUACAGAGUUUUGUGGAUGGCGAUGAUGCUUACCGCAAUUCGCGCUUUAAACUCAUCCCUCAUAUCUCCCAAGGUUCAUGGAUUGUGAAACAGAGUGUUGGCAAGAAGGCUUGUUUGGUGGGUCAGGCACUUGAAGUUCGUUACAUCCGCGGCAAGAACUACUUGGAGCUUGACAUUGAUGUUGGGUCUUCAACUGUUGCAAGAGGCGUAACCAAUCUUGUUCUUGGGUAUCUUACCAAUUUGGUUAUAGAAAUGGCUUUUUUGAUACAGGCAAAUACAGCAGAGGAACUACCAGAACUGCUACUAGGAACAUGUCGGCUCAAUUAUCUCGAUGUUUCAAAAUCUUUAAAAGAAAGAUGA